GUCUAAAGGCGCGGAAAUUUUUGUGUUUUCUUUGUGGGUAGGGAACUCUCACAAUGGGUUAAAAUGUUGGCUAAUAGUCUGCAUUUUGUGUGUGUUUUAAAUCCACCCCACCCUUCUCGUUUGUUUGCCUUGGAAACGUGUUGAUUCACAAUUGGUUACUGCUUUUUAAUCCGUUUUUUCCCCCCCUCACAAUUUUAACAGCGUCUCGCUGCUCUCCGGUCGAGUGAGUUCGCGUCUUCCAGGCGGUGUCAAUGGUCAAGUGUCACGGUGCUCACGGUUAUUGUCCAUUAUGUGUCAUCUACAGCUGAGGACAUUGAUUUUUGUGGCCUGGGUGCUGGGCUACGUCGUCUUUCUGCACUCCAUAAGGAUGAUAUGGAGUGCUAAGUACGCGCGAGGUCCUCUGGCACGCUCACUUUUGGGAAAUCUGGUGAGCGAAGGUGAAGAAACAGUAAUGGAAACGCAAGAGUGGUACAAGUGCUGCCCUGACCUGCUCGGAGAGUCUCUGCGACCUCUGUUCAUUCAGAGUCAUCUCGAUUCAGGCACCAAAGCCUUCCUCAAGCAAAGCGUUGAGAAGUCCACCUGGUUGUUUACACAACUCUAUCAUUCUUUUGUAUCAAGUGUCCUCACACCUCUUGUUUCACGCACCUCCAUCAAUGGGUUUUUGGGACGCGGAUCUAUGUUUGUGUUUUCCGCGGAGCAAUUCCAGAAACUUCUCAAAGUCGGACCUGAUUGGAAAGCAGAGAAACUUCUGGACCUCGGAGCCGGUGAUGGUGCUGUAACAGAAAUUAUGAGAGGCCAUUUCAGAGAGAUAUUUGCCACUGAAGUCUCACCACCCAUGAAAUGGCAUCUCCAAAGGAGAAAUUUCAAAUUGAUGGGGAUCGACGAGUGGCAGCGGAGCGGCCUCCAAUAUGAUGUCAUAAGUUGUCUUAACCUACUGGACCGCUGCGAAGAUCCUCUCCUCCUCCUCGGAGACAUCAAGCGAUCGCUUGUUCCCCACACUGGGCGCCUCAUUCUGGCUGCUGUUCUUCCUUUCCAGCCCUACGUAGAAGUCGGUGGGAGAUGGCAGCGUCCGCAAGAACACCUAAAAGUACAAGGCAAAACAUGGGAGGAGCAAGUAACUCACCUGUCACAAGAUGUCUUUCAAAAGUCAGGAUUCGAGGUAGAAUUGUUGACCCGCUUGCCAUAUCUCUGUGAAGGGGACAUGUACAAAGAUUACUACGUUCUCGACGAUGCAGUUUUUGUUCUGAAGGCCUCAAAUAUAACUCAAGAGUUCAGACAAUGAAGAACACCGCGUGGUGUUGGAGUGCACCAGUUUUGCCAAAAUGAACUUUGAAAGGGUCGGGAAGUCAAUAAAAGGACGGACAUGUUUUUUUAUCAUCAAAAAAAGGUGCAAAGCUCAGGUUUUAUGUCUAACAAAUAUUUUUUUAACAGUGAUACCUCUUCAUUUUCCAAAAGGUCACUUUAUUUACAGCGAAGAAAAUAUCGCAAUACUGUAUUAGACGUGUUAUUGUACAAGAAGUAUUACGUAAAUGAUUUCUCUUUCCAUGCCAAUUUGAAAAAUCAUGUUCUAAAUGCAUAUUUAUCUACAUAAUUCCAAUGAUUUUGCAUUGAGUGAUAGUUUAAGGGUCUCACAAGUGAAAACGUCGAUUUUUUUUUUUUUUUU